UCAGCUUAUUGAUGAAUUGAUCCGUUCAGCUCUGAGUUUCCAUACCUGAGUUUGAGUUGACUAAUCACACGGCAGCCAGAGCCAGAUCGAGCAACCACCACAAAAGAUGACGACCGGAGGAGGGGAGGCGCUGAUGACGAUGCAGACAACCACGACGGCAGGUGUUGAUUCUGCUCUCGUCCGUCUACGAGUAGACUACGGCCAGUUCAUGGCGUUUCCCGCCGGCAUGCCCCUCAGCUCCGACGUGGUCUCCGUCGGCGGCCAGCUCUGGAGGAUCGACGUCUAUCCACGAGGGAUAAGGAACUACCACAAACACGUCUCCAUCUACCUCAAAAACCUGAGCAGAUCCACAUGUGCCAAGGCCAUCUUCGAGCCCUUCUUCCUGGAAAAGGACGGCAGUCCCUCUCCCAAGAUCACAAAGCACGCGAGCGUGUGUGAGAACUUCGCGAGUAUAAACAACGACAACUAUUGCUUCGGCGUCGAAGAGCUGGGAUAUGCGGAGUUCUUCCAGCGGUCUUCUCUCGAGAGAUACGUCGUCGACGGGCACUUCACGUUCUUGUGCUCCAUCGUGGUCGUGAACGAGCUAGGCCCUGUCCCCGUGCCACCCUCGGACAUCCGGGACAGCCUCGGCCACCCUCUAGAGGGUGAUGAGACAACAUCAGACGUAUCCUUCAUCGUCGACGGCGAGACAUUUCACGCGCACCGGGUGAUUCUCGCGGCACGCUCACCGGUCUUCAAGGCACAGCUCUUUGGGUCCAUGCUCGAGGCCACCACGACAUCUUCGACGCCCAUUGUGCUGCAUGAGAUUGCCCCCUCGACGUUCAAAGCUAUGCUCUGGUUCAUGUACACUGAUGCAUGGCCUCAAGACGCCGAUGGUGACGAAUCAUCAUCGGUCGAGAUGUUUCAGGAUCUACUUGCUGCUGCAGAUCUGUAUGCACUAGACAGGUUGAAGCUCAUGUGCGCACGAAAGUUGUGGGAUAACGUGACGGUACAUACUGUUGUGAGUAUCUUGGUUUGUGCUGAAACGUAUGUCUGCCCGGAGUUGAAGAACAAAUGCCUUGACUUCUGCACAGUGGGAAAAAAUUUCAAGGAGGUAACAUCCACCGAUGGCUAUGCAUGGCUAGAACUGAGGUUUCCCUCAAUUGCUGCAGAGAUAGGAGAAAAGUUUAGGAGAUAAAAGGCAAAUGAUCUAUGAUGACAAUGGGAUCAAUCGGCCGGCUCUGUGCCUUCUCCUUCCUGGUGCGGAAUUUGAAUGUUAUGUAGGUUGUUUCGACAUGCUGCAAAUGCCUAUGUUGUCGGCUACAUAGACAUAGAUGUUAUGUUACAACUACUGUGGUUGCGUUGCAAGGUCGGUGUCUUUUUGCAAAUGUAAUUUUGCGUUGUCGU